AGUCAUUCCUCAGACUGUGGGAGAAGAAAUGCACGUGACUUUGUUAUCUAAUAUUGAAGUGAACAGACUCUCUUGUAGUGUACUAUUAUACCAAUUUACUGCUAUUUUAAAACACACUUCCUGGGACUAUUUUACCGACAAAAUAAAAAUACCAUGAAGUUACAUAAAGUGAGAAUAUUCAUUAAUCAGUGAAGAAUCUGCUUCUUCAGGGAAAAAUUGGUUAGAAACUGUUCUUUGCCUAGAGAUGUACAUUGAAAGUAAGUGGGCGGGAGUAGGUGAGGGAGGGAGCAGAGAGAAAGAGAAGGAGAGAGACAGAGUGUGUGUGUGUGUGUGUGUGUGUGUGUGUGUGUGUGUGUGUGUGAGCGUAGCUAUAAAACAGACUUUGAACUCCAAACAGCUCAGUCCCAGACAACUGUGCAGAACAAAGCACCUCUCCAGUGUGAGGCUCUGGAACGUACUGAUAAACAGGACAGCGAGUCUUAAUAGCUUUUCCUGGAAAAUACAUUCCGAAUCAAAAUAGCAGAGAUGACAACAAUGUUCAGAUACCCCGUCUUUCCUCAUCUGCAGGAUCUGUGUGACCCUGAUCUAUCGCUGUCACCGGGGCGGAGUGUCAUGGCGGAGCCCGACUAUCUGGAUGGAGACUGUGAUGAGCUCAUCAAACCCAAGAAGCUGAUGAACCCAGUCAAGACCUCCCGUAACCACCAGGACCUGCACCGAGAGCUGCUUAUGAACCAGAAGAGGGGUCUGGCUCCUCAGAACAAACCUGAGCUCCAGAAGGUUCUGGAGAAGAGAAAGAGGGAGCAAGUUCUCAAGGCUCAGAAGGAGGAGCAGGAGGCCCACAAGAAGAGGAGCGACCUAGAGAUAGAGCUCAUGAAACGACAACAGAAACUAGAGCAGCUGGAGCUGGAGCAACAGAAAAUUGAUGAGGAACAAGAGAACACCCCCGAGUUUGUGAAGAUGAAGAGCAACCUGCGCAGGACCAAGCAGGAGACCGACGGGGAGGAACGAACCACCUAAAAACCAGCAGGGGUGUCUGGGUCUGGCUGAUAGUGCGCGUGUUUGUGGGCAUGGAGACGUCAGGAGUGUGUGUACAAAAGAGAGGCCGUGUUGUCUGUGGUGCACGGUGGUGACCUGACCGUGGUCUGAGAUGAACUUCCUGGCUUUCCCAACCUAGCUAUUCCUUCCUGCAGUGAGGAGAGAGACUUUAAAGACUAAAGACCCCCCUCUGUCUGCCUGCCACGGACCGCCAGUACUCACCUCUGCUCCUCACACCCAUCCAGCAGCAUACAGCACCCCUUGCAGGAGGGACCUACCACAGACAUGUUACAUGUUACACGCCUUUCAACAAGGGCGAGCAAGCUUCCAAUGAGCUCUGAUGGAGAAACAACCAAACACACACACACACACAGGAGUUUUCAUCCCCUCUGUUUUCACUCCUCUCUCCACAGCAAGCUGUCGUUUCUCUUUACUGUUAUCAAUGUUGUUAUCGUUGUUGGUUUUUUGUUCUCAUCUUCAGAAUCAAAUAAGGAAAAGUGGACACUGGAUGGACUCUUGAAGCUGUGUAAUGUAAAAGCCAAACAAAUGUGUUUUUGUUAUUUAUGUUUGUAGCUUUUAGCCCAGAUAUAGGGGAGGACACUUUUAGUCGUUCUGUAUUUUAGUUUGUUUUACAGCAUCGUUUAUGAAGCCAGAACAAGACAAAAGGAGUGUAUGGUUGUGUGAAACACUCGAGUUUGCUUUAUUAUUAUUUUUUUAAAUUCUAAACAUGCCAUUUCCUCAGCUAAUGCAAUUUUGAGCAAUAGUAGAACUCCCAGGCAUGAGAGUGACUUUUUCUUUAUAUAUUCUGUUGUUUUGUAUGAAUAAAAGUGUUACUUAAUAAAUAAUUUAAGUUUGUGUUAGGUUGGUCAAUAAGAAUAAGCCUUGAUCCCUGUCUGAUCAGUCUUUGUGUGCUUUUAUGAACAAAAAGGACUUGAUAGAAAGUGUAGGCCACCUGUCAUAAAAGAUACUGACUGGUAAUUCUUGGGAUAUCUGAAUGGCUCCUGAAACAACUCUGAUAAGCGUCCUGGAACUUAAUCACUUUAGUAUUUUGUCUUUAUUUACAAUGGAGCCAUAGAUUUGCUGAACGAUCAUUUAAAUCAGUAAAUCUGAAUUAAAGUGGCCAUCUGCAAAACAACUUGCAUAUGUAGCCAUUACCAUACACAAAUUCCAAAAUGGUUACUCAUGUGAAACUGUGAUAAUUUUGGAUGUUAAAGGGCACAUUUAGUGGGUUAUUUCAAUAUCUCACACAAUAAUAUUAUGGGUCUAAAAUUCUGGUUAGUGGGUCUCCAGGAGAUGACAGCUAUUAUUCUCAUCGGAAGAAUCAGAUUUAUAACAACAUAACCCUGUGUUCUUCUCCAGAAUCUUCUUUUAAAUAAACAUAACUUUAACACGUUC